GCUGUAUAAGUAUCCGGUUCUCGACUCCACACGCGUUUGUUGGCCGCCAUAUUUCUGCUGCUCCGGAUUAAUUUACACGUUUCUCGAUUUUUAAUGGAAUUGUGGACGAAAAAGGAACCAGCUGAUGCAAGUAUGGUUAAGUGCCCAUUCGGUGACCAGCGGAAUGCCCAUUUUGCGGCGACCAGCGGAAUGCCAAUUCGAGCCCACAGCAGAAUAUCCAUUCGGCGGUGCCCAGCGGAAUACCCAUUCGGAGCCCCUGCAGAAUGCCCAUUUGGCGGCUUCAAGCGGAUUCCCCUUUCGGGGCUCUCAGCGGAAUGCCCAUUUGGUGGCGUCCAGCGGAAUACCCAUUCAGGGCCCCCCAGCGGAAUGCCCAUUCGGCGGCGACCAGCGAAAUUCCCAUUCGGAGCCCCAGCAGAAUAUCCAUUCGGCGGCUCGUUCGGCGGUGCCCAGCGGAAUACCCAUCCGGAGCCCAUGCAGAAUGCCCAUUUGGCGGCUUCAAGCGGAUUCCCCUUUCGGGGCUCUCAGCGGAAUGCCCAUUUGGUGGCGUCCAGCGGAAUACCCAUUCAGGCCCCCCCAGCGGAAUGCCCAUUCGGCGGCGACCAGCGAAAUUCCCAUUCGGAGCCCCAGCAGAAUACCCAAUCGGCGGCGUCUAGCGGAAUGCCUAUUCGGGGGCGACCAGCGAAAUUCCCAUUCGGAGCCCCAGCAGAAUGA